AUGCUCGCGACGCUACGUCAAUGCAUGGAUGGAGAAAGAGGACAUCUACGCCCCUGCGUUCCUUCUGCGAACAACGACGUAGCCUCGGAUGCUGAAGACCUCCACACGAAGGUCGUCCGCAUCGAAAGCGACGUGAGCAGAAUCAAUAAGGAGCUGUCUAGCCUCCUCCAUGUGAGGGAGACCGGCCAGAAGAUCGUCCGCGUGGAAAGUGACGUGAACGAAAUGAAAAAGGAGUUAGCUGGUCUCAGCAGCGUGCGGGUUACUCUUGCCGAGCUCCAGGCGCAGCUUCAGAUGCUUCUGAAUACAUGCGUGAUUCCUGGCCAGCUCCCUCCCCAGCUGUAUCAUCCCGCACAGAUGUCUCCCUACCACUAG